AAACCACACCCCCGGCUUUCCACGUAACAUUCCGACGAACAAGAAUCAAUUAUUGUAAAAAUGUCUGCUCCAGAAGCUCCAAAGAGAUCCUUCGGUGGAAGAGGUAGAGGUAGAGGUGGCCCAAGAAGAGGCAGAAGAGACGGUGAAGAAAAGGGAUGGACUCCAGUCACCAAGUUGGGUAGAUUGGUCAAGGCCGGUAAGAUUACCACCAUUGAAGAAAUCUACUUGCACGCUUUGCCAGUCAAGGAAUUCCAAAUCAUUGACUUGUUGUUGCCAGAAUUGAAGGACGAAGUCAUGAAGAUCAGAUCCGUCCAAAAGCAAACCAGAGCUGGUCAAAGAACCAGAAUGAAGGCUGUUGUCGUCAUUGGUGACUCCAACGGUCACGUUGGUUUAGGUAUCAAGACCGCCAAGGAAGUUGCUUCCGCUAUCAAGGCUGCCAUUGUCAUCGCCAAGUUGUCUAUCAUCCCAAUCAGAAGAGGUUACUGGGGUUCCAACUUGGGUCAACCUCACUCCUUGCCAACCAAGGUCACUGGUAAGUGUGGUUCUGUUGCCGUUAGAUUGAUCCCAGCCCCAAGAGGUAAGGGUAUCGUCGCUUCUCCAGCUGUCAAGAAGUUGAUGCAAUUGGCUGGUGUUGAAGAUGUCUAUACUUCUUCUUCCGGUUCCACCAGAACCACCGAAAACACCUUGAAGGCCGCUUUCGCUGCUAUUGGUAACACUUACGCCUUCUUGACCCCUAACUUGUGGGCUGAAACUAAGUUGGCUGCUUCUCCUUUGGAAGUCUACGCUGAAGAAGCUGCUGCUGGUAAGAAGAGAUACUAAAUGCCUUGCGAUAUGUUUUAGUUAACAAUAUCCAAGUCUAAUGUAUAUUAAUUUAAUCCAUAACACUUCUC